GUUAAAUAAAUCAUUUGUAAACUAAAGAAAAGUCAACACUAAUGCUGAUCAUGGCACUGGGAAAGUCACAGUUUUCUUUGAAUGACUGUAAAGGUAAAAUUUAAAUUAAAUGUUUUGUUAAAAAUAUACACCUGUAAUAGUAAUGAGAUGGACAUUUAUGAUCUAAAAAAUUGCAAGAGAAAAAAUUCAGAACACCAUCUUUGACUUGCCAAAAAACAAGAUGACAAUAUAAUCUUUUAAAAAAAUUACUUCGAAAGAGUAAUAGAAUUAUUUUUCAGUUAGGAUAGUGAUAAAACUUAAAACAUUGCUAGCAAAAUUUACUCUACUGAUUAUAAGAGAAGCAUCACUAAUUUUUUGAAGAAUUAAAAACUGCUAUAUAUCUGGGUCACAUCACAAUGGUGAUUAGAUUAUAAAAUUCUAAAAGUUCUCUUCACCAGCAAAUAUUUAUUUUGUUGAGUGUAAUUGAUAUUGGAUCAUUUUAUUUUAACAGCUGCAUUGCGAGAAAUACUUGACACCUUCAACCUGCCAGAUAAUGCUGCCAAACUGGAAGAGGCUCGGAUAGCUGCUGGCAAUGACAUGUUGAAGAGCAUGCAGAGUGUGUUUCCUGCCGCCACCCAGAUGCAGAUGCAGGUCAUUCAACGAUUCGGCUUCCUGCCCGAUGGAGAAGGUUGUCAUUUUUAUUUAACUAGUGUGAAAAUAAACUUUUUUUUUUUGGUUUAAAUAUCAACAUUACUGAAUGCUAUAAGACUUCUUCGUAGCUCUUCAACUCUCUUUCCUUACGGUAGUUUUAGAAUGAAGCAGAGAUAUUUUAAAAAAUUGUUCAGUUCAGUCCGUCAAGAAGGUGAAAUGAAAGGGCCUUUUGUUAAAAUACACAUCACUAUGAUGCACAAAAUGUGGACCAUUGGUCUCAAUCUUGGCACACCUACCUGCUACGAUAGUGGGCUUAGAUUUAGACCACAAAAAUAGACCUGUGAAUAUGAUUUUUAUUUUUUUGAUUCCCAGAAAUCUAUUCACAGUUGAUUUUUAGGUCCAUAGAUGUAAGUUUCAGAAUCACUGUCAAAUCCAUGUCAAUCAUAUAUACUUAUUUCAAUUUCUUAAAAAAUAAUGCAGUGUCUUUUUCUUCACUGAGCACUCUAGAAUGGUUUUUGAAACGUUUUGCCAUUGUUUCUAUUUGUCAGUGGAAAACUGGAUAAAACUUUGUAAUUUUUUUUGUUUAAUUUUCGAACUUCCAACCCAUUCUGAUUAACGUUUUAAAUUGAAUUUUUAAAACAAAAUUCUAAGCAUAUAUUCAUAUGAUCAUCCCCCACACCUAUUUUCUACACACACAAAAAAGGACUGGUAAUAAAUAAGCCUUAGUUUGUUGCUUUUUUUGUAUGUUCCUUUCACAUAUAAAAUGUGUUUAUAUUUUUCAAAUCAGUCUCAACUCUUAUUUUGUUUUACUUCCAAGGUUUAGUUCAGUUCACUAAAGCAGUCCGGGUGUACGAAGAGCAGGACCAGGAUGUGAGACAGCUCAACAACCAGCUGCGGCAUUUCUUGAUACCGCCUGUCAAUGUGCCUCAUCCCGUCGCCCCCAUAGUCAAUCAAAAUGGUGGCAGCUAACACUGACAUCACCGUAUUGUAAAUUAGUUUCAGAAUUUUGUAAAAAAAAAUUGGAAUCUGUUGAAGUGUUUCUCAAGGUAACACAACAUCUUGCCUAACUGUGUGAGUAACACACUAACUGACACGAUAACUUGAACUAUGAAAGUUGUACAUUGUAUGGCCAACCAUUUACUCUUGUUGUUCGAUUUUAAGUGCAGCAUUUUUUGUAAUCUAUUUGUAUGUCGAUUGUGAUUCUAUAUCUCAUUGCAGUUAAUGCUUCUCGACUUAAAAAUUAUGACUAAAGGAUAUUUGAUGUGAACUUCCCCACUUAACAUCCAUUCUCAAGAGCUUUGGCAACUCAGGUAAAAGCUAAAAGACAAUUGAGAUGAAACAUUUUUCUCCAGUUCUAAAGGAAAAGCCAACAGCUAUUUUUUUAAUUUUUUUAUUCUGGUGUUUUCCAGACCCAAAUUUUCAUUUUUUAAAAUUUUUUUUGUAUUUUAAAAAUAUUUUCAUCUGCUAUUUAAAAAUACAAUUCUUCUUCUUUUUUUUUUUUUUUUUAAUUCAAGUUUUUAGAACUUCC